UUUGUCACAGCGAGACUCUGCCGGCGAAAGUAUCUGAAGUGUGGCGAGCGGGGAGCCGGAAGCCAGCUAAGUGUUCGGGCAACUUUAGAGUCGGCCUGGUCCGCAGCUCUGCUGGCUGCAUUUGCUUCCAGUGCGCAUCAGUUUAGCUCUGAUCAUGACGGACGAAACAACUCCGCUUACCGAUGCCGUUGCCAGUGGUUCAGGAUAUGUCAUCCUGCCGCCGUAUCAAGGACCCGACCGUGUCUUUCCGGGUGGUGUUUCUCCGCGUUCCCGGCGCAACAAAAUGCGACAAUUUCAGUGCUGCAUGGGCAUCACCUUUAUAGCAAUUGUACUCACCGCCUUGUGCCUGGCGCUGGUGUUUAGCGAUUCCCUUGGUGGCGCGGAUGGGGGACCCAGCUUUUUCUUCGUGGUCAAUGGAUCGGAAGGAGAGUUGCCGCCAAACCGACCUCUGCCAGACGAACCGGCGGCAGAUUGGGCCCUCAAACAGGCGGCACUAGGUCAUCAUGAUGGGGCCCAAGCGGUUAGUGCUGGGAUUAAAGCUCUAGGAGACCGGGAAAUACUCGAGGAGGGUCUGCAGCCCAACGAGGUGAAUACGCCGGCAUUUCGACACUAUCGUUCCCUGAGCACAAAUCCAGAGGCAAGAAAACUAGCAAGACGUGGCUAUGUGGAGAACCAGGCCACAAUGGAUAUAGCCAAGAAAUUUAACUAUACUAAGCAGCCGGGUCGCAGCAAUAUUGGCUGGGGUCCUAAGAUAGUACUUCCCGAUCCUACAGUGCUUCGUUUGGAUUGUGAUUUCAAUACUCGCUAUAGAAGAUCCACAGGGGUUUGUAAUAAUAAAGAACAUCCUAGGACUUAUGGAGCCUCGAUGGUUCCCUACCGCCGCAUGGUCUCACCAGAUUAUGCCGAUGGUAUUGCUGCUCCCCGGGCUAGUCAUAAUGGUCAUUUGCCUCCCGCUCGCCAGGUAUCCCUAAAGAUUCAUCGUUCCAGCUACGAGACAGAUUCGAAUUUUACGGUGAUGCUGGCAGUUUUUGGUCAGUUCAUGGACCACGACAUCACAGCCACAUCCCUAACUACUUCUCAGGAGGGUGAGUCCAUCGAUUGCUGUGUGGCUGCCACCCGUGAACAACACCCGGAAUGCUUUCCUGUGGACAUCCUGCCCGACGAUCCCUACUACAAGCAGUACAAUAUCAGUUGCAUGAAUUUUGUGAGAUCUGCUCCAGCGCCAACAGGAAGAUUUGGUCCGCGGAUGCAGCUGAAUCAGGCCACGGCUUUUAUUGAUGCCUCCGUGGUCUAUGGUAAUCUGGAGCAGCGGCAGAAUCAGCUGCGCAGCUUCAUAAACGGCUCGCUGCGGAUGUAUAUCAUGGAUGAUGGUCGACAAUUGCUUCCCAUCUCCUCAAAUCCGGCAGAUGGAUGCAAUCGUGUCCAGAUGACUCGCUUGGGAAAGUACUGCUUUGAGUCUGGCGAUGAUCGGGCCAAUGAGAACCUUCUGCUCACAUCUAUGCAUCUGCUAUGGGCCAGACACCACAACUAUUUGGCUAGACAACUGCAGGAAGAGAAUCCUCACUGGGAGGACGAGCGACUGUACCAAGAAGCCCGCAAGAUUUUAGGUGCCCAAAUGGCUCACAUCACUUACAAUGAGUUUUUGCCAGUGCUGCUUGGCCAGAAUCUCAGCGAGGCUAAGGGUUUGCUACCUUCCAAGCACAAUCUAAAUGCUCCGGACACUUAUGACCCGGAGGUGGAUCCAAGCAUUGCCAAUUGCUUUGCUGCAGCCGCUUUCCGGUUUGCUCACACUCUUCUACCGGGUCUGUUCAAUGUCUCGCGGGAUAAUAGUAGUCCCGAGGCCAUGGAACUGCACAAGAUGCUCUUCAAUCCAUUCUCCCUGUGGGCGGAACAUGGCAUUGACCAUGCCUUAAUGACAGCAGCCAAUACGCCGGUGAUGCAAGUAGAUCGCUUUUUUUCUCUGGAGGUUACUCAGAAACUAUUCGAAGGCACCGCCGAGGAUAAAGUGCCACUUUGUGGACUGGAUCUGGUUUCUUUGAAUAUUCAAAGGGGAAGGGAUCAUGGGAUACCCUCGUAUCCAGUCUUCCGACGCCAUUGCCGCCUUCCACCAGUGGACACAUGGGAGCAAAUGUCCCAAGCUAUAGACAAUGCUACCUUAGAAUCCAUCAGGCAGAUUUAUAAAUCUCCGCAAGAUGUGGAUGUCUACACGGGUGCUCUGAGUGAACCACCACUGGGAGGAGCUAUAUUUGGACCUCUGCUUAGCUGCAUGGUAUCUGAUCAGUUCCUACGCCUUAAGCUGGGCGACUCGCAUUGGUACGAACGGAAGAUGGGACCUCAAAAGUUCACCAAAGCUCAACUAGCCGAAAUCUACAAAACCAGUCUGGCUGCCAUCAUCUGUCGCAAUUCCGAUGGUAUAACCAAAGUAAGAGAACAUGUAAUGCAGAGACUUCGGGACAAGGGCAAUCCCCAAGUGAACUGCCAGGACUUGGAAGGAUUCCAUUUCAAUUUUGAACCCUGGUCUGAGAAUAAUCAUCCAAGCAAACUGCACAGUACAGGAAUGAGUAGGGGAUCCACCUUAGUUAGGGUGAUGUCCAAUAUUACGACAAAGGAAAAACCUCGAACCGCCAAUGUAACCCUUCAUAUUGACAAACAUAUCUAGUAAGGUAAAAAUAAAAUAAUUAAAAUACUA